GGCAGGCUCCUCUUCCCGGGCCAGGGCCCCCCCAAGACCCGGCGACGCGUCUGUCUCUUUAAAUUCCAGCUGCGCCCCUCGCCGCCCAGGCCCGCUGGCGGCGAGCGAGCUCGCGCUUUCGCUCCCGGCUGCGCGCCGCGGAGAGCUCGGCUCGGCCCGCGGGCUGCUCGGCGGCGGCGGCGCGGGGCGGGGAGGCGCGGCCCGGCCGAGCAGGGAAGAAAAGAGCGAGCCGGGCCGGGAGAGGCGCCGCACCCGGUCCCGCGCCCGCUCCCGGGGCCCGAGCAGUUUGCUGCGGGGCGACUAGGAUGUGCCUGGCUUGUUGGCGUUUCCUCCACGUCUCCUUAAGACGAUUUCCAUAGUAACCCGACCAAGUGGCUCAGGAUCGCAAACCUGAGGAUUUCCGCGGCCCGCCGGCACCGCCUCGGUCAGGUUUACAGGAACCUCCUCCUCUUUUUCUAACUUAAAAUGGAGAACUGUGAAGAAAGAAAAAGAUAGCAGUUGGAGUUAAAAGUCCUGGAUAACUGUUUUGCAUUUGAGAAGUCAGCAUUUAAAAACGAUAUGCUGAUUUGGAAGGUCCUGGAACUAAAUUGCAAAUUUUUCCAUUCAUUCAAUGGAUUUUUUACUGAUUCCUUGGAGUCCAUGAAGUUCAGAGAUGGUGUGUGAUGGGAAAUGUGGUGUGCCAGUGUUUUCCCAGUGAUUGCGUCUUGGAUUAGUUUGCUGCUUUGUUGAAGAUAUUCCAUUUUGGAGGACAAGAACUUAAUGUGAUGGAUUUAUCUUCAGAAAUGAACAGACAUGGGAAGAAUCCGGUGAGUCACAAGCUUGAAGACCAGAAAAAGAUUUACACUGACUGGGCCAACCACUACCUAGCAAAGUCCGGCCACAAGCGGCUCAUCAAGGAUUUGCAACAGGACAUUGCAGAUGGGGUCCUGCUAGCAGAGAUCAUCCAGAUCAUUGCAAAUGAAAAAGUUGAAGACAUCAAUGGAUGCCCUAGAAGUCAUUCUCAGAUGAUCGAGAAUGUUGAUGCCUGCCUUAGUUUUUUAGCAGCCAGAGGAGUAAAUGUCCAAGGUUUAUCUGCUGAAGAAAUAAGAAAUGGAAACUUGAAAGCCAUUCUUGGGCUGUUUUUUAGUUUGUCUCGUUACAAACAGCAGCAACACCAUCAACAGCAGUACUACCAGUCCCUGGUGGAACUUCAGCAGCGAGUUGCUCCCUCUGCUCAGUCGGAAACCAGUCAGGCCAAAACUCAGCAAGAUAUGCAGUCCAGUCUGGCAGCCAGAUAUGCAACUCAUUCUAAUCACAGUGGAAUUGCAUCCAGUCAAAAAAAGCCUACUAGGCUUCCAGGGCCCUCUAGGGUGCCUGCUGCAGGCGGCAGCAGCAGCAACAGCAGCAAGGGCCAAGGAGCCUCUAAUUUAAACAGGAGAAGCCAGAGCUUUAACAGCAUUGAUAAAAACAAGCCUCCAAAUUAUGCAAAUGGAAAUGAAAAAGAUUCCUCCAAAGGACCUCAACCAUCUUCAGGUGUUAAUGGUAACAUGCAGCCGUCUAGCACUGCUGGGCAGCCCCCUCCCUCUGCCAUCCCUUCUCCUAGUACCAGCAAACCCUGGCGCAGCAAGUCCAUGAAUGUCAAACACAGCGCCACCUCUACUAUGCUGACAGUGAAGCAAUCAAGUCCAGCCACCUCUCCCACUCCAUCUUCAGACAGACUGAAGCCACCUGUCUCAGAAGGAGCCAAAAGUGCUCCCUCAGGCCAGAAAUCCAUGCUUGAAAAAUUCAAGCUGGUUAAUGCCCGGACUGCUUUACGCCCUCCGCAGUCCCCCAGUUCAGGACUCAGUGACUGUGGAAAGGAUGAUGAUGUCUUUUCUGAAUCUGGGGAAAUGGAAGGUUUCAACAGUGCUCUGAAUAGUGGUGGCUCAGCAAAUAGUAGUCCCAAAGUGUCUCAUAAAUUGGCCCCUCCAAAAGCUGGAAGCAAAAACCUCAGCAAUAAAAAGUCUUUGCUACAGCCAAAGGACAAAGAGGAAAAGAACAGAGACAAAAGUAAAAUUUGCCCUGAGAAACCAGUCAAAGAAGAAAAGGAUCUGGUGAUGGAGACAACGCCAAAAAAGACCUCCAAAAUCGCAAGCUUGAUCCCAAAGGGCAGCAAAGCAGCAGCAGCCAAGAAGGAAAGUUUAAUCCCAUCUUCCAGUGGGAUCCCCAAACCUGGCUCAAAGGUGCCCACAGCAAAGCAAACCAUUUCAUCUGGCAAUGCAGCAAGCAAAGAGACAGACAAAUUCAGGACUACCAAGGGAAGUCCUUCCCAGACCUCACCCAAGGCCACAGGCUCUGAGAAGGCAAGCACAUCCAACUGUCCUGCUCCUCUGGAAGGAAGGGAAGCUGGCCACACACAUCCCUCCAGUUCUUGCACUGUACCCAUGGCGCAGAGCAGCGGGCAGAGCGCAGGAAACGGUGCUGUUCACCUCCCACAGCAGCAGCAACACAGCCACCCCAACACUGCUACUGUGGCUCCAUUCAUUUACAGAACACAUUCAGAAAAUGAAGGUACCUCUUUGCCCUCUGCUGACUCCUGCACCAGUCCUACAAAAAUGGAUUUAUCAUACAGUAAGACUGCUAAGCAGUGCCUAGAGGAAAUAUCGGGUGAAGACCCUGAAACAAGAAGAUUGAGAACUGUGAAAAACAUAGCUGAUUUGAGGCAGAAUUUAGAAGAAACUAUGUCUAGCCUUCGUGGGACCCAGAUAAGCCACAGCACCCUGGAGACAACAUUUGAUAGCACUGUGACGACAGAAGUGAACGGAAGAACCAUCCCCAACUUGACAGGUCGGCCCACUCCCAUGACCUGGAGAUUGGGUCAAGCUUGUCCGCGACUGCAGGCUGGAGAUGCUCCCUCCUUGGGUGCUGGCUACCCACGCAGUGGCACCAGUCGGUUCAUUCACACGGACCCUUCGAGGUUCAUGUACACAACACCUCUCCGUCGGGCUGCUGUCUCUCGACUAGGAAACAUGUCACAAAUGGACAUGAGUGAGAAAGCAAGCAGUGACCUGGACGUGUCUUCUGAGGUUGAUGUUGGUGGCUACAUGAGUGAUGGUGACAUCCUUGGGAAAAGUCUCAGGACUGAUGACAUCAACAGUGGGUACAUGACUGAUGGUGGACUCAACCUGUAUACCAGGAGUCUGAACCGAAUACCAGAUACAGGAACUUCAAGGGAUGCCAUCCAGAGAGGAGUUCAUGAUGUGGCAGUGGAUGCAGACAGCUGGGAUGACAGCAGUUCAGUGAGCAGUGGCCUCAGUGACACCCUCGAUAACAUCAGCACCGAUGACCUGAACACCACAUCCUCAGUCAGCUCAUACUCCAACAUCACUGUCCCUUCGAGGAAGAACACUCAGUUGAAGACAGAUGCAGAAAAACGCUCUACCACAGAUGAGACUUGGGAUGGUACAGAGGAGUUGAAGAAAACAGAGGAGGACCCUGACAGUCAUGCAGAUGGUGCUGGCAAAUGGAAGAGUGGCUCCUCGGGGCCUCCUGAAGACACUGAAAAGACAGGACAGAAAGCUUCCCUGCCAGUGUCCCAGACAGGGUCCUGGAGAAGAGGCACGUCUGCUCAAGGGGCGGCCUCCUCUAGACAGAAAGCUGGAACAAGUGCACUCAAGACUUCUGGAAAAACCGAUGAUGCCAAGGCUUCUGAGAAAGGGAAAACUCCCCUGAAAGGGUCAUCUCUACAGAGGUCUCCUUCUGAUGCAGGAAAAAGCAGUGGCGAUGAGGGGAAAAAGCCCCCCUCGGGCAUCGGGAGAUCAUCUGCCACCAGCUCUUUCGGAUUUAAGAAGCCAAGCGGAGUAGGCUCAUCGACUAUGAUCACUAGCAGCGGAGCCACCAUAACCAGUGGCUCAGCAACACUGGGCAAAAUUCCCAAAUCAGCUGCCAUUGGUGGGAAGUCAAAUGCGGGAAGAAAAACCAGUCUGGAUGGCUCACAGAAUCAGGAUGACGUGGUGCUACAUGUGAACUCAAAGACCACACUCCAAUACCGCAGCCUGCCUCGCCCUUCCAAGUCCAGCAGCAGUGGCAUUCCCGGCCGAGGUGGCCACAGAUCCAGCACCAGCAGUAUUGAUUCCAACGUCAGCAGCAAAUCUGCUGGGGCCACCACCUCCAAACUGAGGGAGCCAACUAAGAUUGGGUCAGGGCGCUCCAGUCCUGUCAGUGUUAACCAGACAGACAAGGAGAAGGAAAAGAUAGCAGUUUCAGAUUCAGAGAGUGUUUCUUUGUCAGGUUCCCCUAAAUCCAGUCCCACCUCUGCCAACGCCUGUGGUGCACAGGGGCUCAGGCAGCCAGGAUCAAAGUAUCCUGACAUUGCCUCACCUACAUUUCGAAGGUUGUUUGGUGCCAAGGCAGGUGGCAAAUCUGCCUCUGCACCUAAUACUGAGGGUGUGAAAUCCUCCUCAGUACUGCCCAGCCCUAGUACCACAUUAGCGCGGCAAGGCAGUCUGGAUUCACCAUCAUCUGGUACGGGCAGCAUGGGCAGUGCUGGUGGGCUAAGUGGCAGCAGCAGCCCGCUCUUCAAUAAACCCUCAGACUUAACAACAGAUGUUAUAAGCCUAAGUCACUCCUUGGCUUCCAGCCCAGCGUCGGUUCACUCAUUCACAUCUGGUGGUCUCGUGUGGGCUGCCAAUAUGAGCAGUUCCUCUGCUGGCAGCAAGGACACUCCAAGUUACCAGUCCAUGACUAGUCUCCAUACGAGUUCUGAGUCCAUUGACCUGCCCCUCAGCCAUCAUGGCUCCCUGUCGGGACUGACCACUGGCACUCACGAGGUCCAGAGCCUGCUCAUGAGAACGGGUAGUGUGAGAUCUACUCUGUCAGAAAGCAUGCAGCUUGACAGAAAUACACUACCCAAAAAGGGACUAAGAUAUACCCCAUCAUCUCGGCAGGCCAACCAGGAGGAUGGUAAAGAGUGGUUGCGGUCACACUCUACUGGAGGGCUGCAGGAUACAGGCAAUCAGUCACCCCUGGUCUCUCCUUCUGCCAUGUCCUCUUCUGCAACAGGAAAAUAUCACUUUUCCAACUUGGUGAGUCCAACCAAUCUGUCUCAGUUUAACCUUCCUGGGCCCAGCAUGAUGCGCUCCAACAGCAUCCCAGCCCAGGACUCUUCCUUCGAUCUCUAUGAAGACUCCCAGCUUCGCGGAAGCGCCACUUCUCUGGAGGAGCGGCCACGCGCCAUCAGCCAUUCAGGCUCAUUUAGAGACAGCAUGGAAGAAGUUCACGGCUCUUCCUUAUCAUUGGUCUCCAGCACAUCUUCUGUUUACUCUACAGCUGAAGAAAAGGCUCAUUCAGAGCAAAUUCAUAAACUGCGAAGAGAGCUUGUUGCAUCACAAGAAAAAGUUGCUACCCUCACCUCUCAGCUUUCAGCAAAUGCUCAUCUUGUAGCAGCUUUUGAGAAGAGUUUAGGGAAUAUGACAGGCCGGCUGCAAAGCCUGACAAUGACAGCAGAACAAAAGGAAUCUGAACUGAUAGAACUGAGAGAAACCAUUGAAAUGCUGAAAGCCCAGAACUCUGCUGCCCAGGCAGCCAUUCAGGGAGCACUGAAUGGUCCAGAUCACCCUCCUAAAGAUCUCCGCAUCCGAAGGCAGCACUCCUCCGAAAGUGUUUCUAGUAUUAACAGUGCUACAAGUCAUUCAAGCAUUGGCAGUGGUAAUGAUGCUGACUCCAAGAAAAAGAAAAAGAAAAACUGGCUGAGGAGUUCUUUCAAACAAGCCUUUGGAAAGAAAAAAUCCACCAAACCUCCUUCCUCACAUUCAGACAUCGAAGAGCUUACUGAUUCAUCCCUUCCAGCUUCCCCCAAGCUGCCCCAUAAUUCCAGUGACUGCGGUUCUGGAGCCAUGAAGCCCUCACAGUCGGCCUCAGCGAUCUGUGAAUGCACAGAGGCUGAGGCAGAGAUAAUUCUGCAGCUGAAGAGCGAGCUCAGAGAAAAGGAAUUAAAGCUGACGGAUAUCCGGCUGGAAGCUCUCAGCUCUGCUCAUCAUCUGGACCAGAUCCGGGAAGCCAUGAACCGGAUGCAGAAUGAAAUUGAAAUACUGAAGGCUGAAAAUGAUCGGCUGAAGGCAGAGACUGGUAAUACAGCUAAGCAUGCCCGGCCACCAUCAGAAUCGUCAAGCAGUACCUCCUCCUCAUCUUCACGGCAGUCCUUGGGACUUUCUCUGAACAAUUUGAACAUCACCGAGUCUGUUACCUCAGAUAUUUUGCUAGAUGAUGCUGGUGAUGCGACGGGACACAAAGAUGGACGCAGUGUGAAAAUUAUAGUCUCCAUAAGCAAGGGCUAUGGUCGAGCAAAGGAUCAGAAGUCUCAGGCAUAUUUGAUAGGUUCCAUUGGAGUCAGUGGGAAAACCAAAUGGGAUGUUUUAGAUGGUGUUAUAAGACGUCUCUUUAAGGAAUACGUGUUGCGCAUUGACACAUCCACUAGUCUUGGCUUGAGUUCUGACUGCAUUGCUAGCUACUCUAUCGGAGACUUAAUUAGAUCCCAAAGUCUAGAAGUGCCUGAACUGUUGCCUUGUGGGUAUCUUGUUGGAGAUAACAACAUCAUCACUGUGAACCUGAAAGGAGUAGAAGAAAACAGUUUGGACAGUUUCGUUUUCGAUACUCUGAUUCCGAAACCAAUUACCCAAAGGUAUUUUAACUUGUUGAUGGAGCAUCACCGAAUUAUACUCUCAGGACCCAGUGGUACUGGGAAGACCUAUUUAGCAAACAAACUUGCUGAAUAUGUAAUAGCAAAAUCUGGAAGGAAAAAAACAGAGGAUGCAAUAGCCACUUUCAAUGUAGACCACAAGUCAAGCAAGGAACUGCAACAAUAUCUAGCUAACCUGGCUGAACAAUGCAGUGCUGAGAAUAAUGGCGUCGAGCUCCCAGUUGUAAUAAUUCUUGAUAAUCUUCAUCAUGUGGGCUCUUUGAGUGAUAUCUUCAAUGGUUUCCUCAACUGUAAAUACAGCAAAUGUCCAUAUAUUAUUGGGACAAUGAAUCAGGGAGUUUCUUCAUCACCAAAUCUAGAGCUGCAUCAUAAUUUCAGGUGGGUAUUAUGUGCAAACCACACAGAGCCAGUGAAAGGCUUUUUAGGAAGGUAUCUUCGAAGGAAACUGAUAGAGCUAGAAAUUGAAAGGAACAUACGCAAUAAUGAUCUAGUCAAAAUCAUAGAUUGGAUUCCUAAGACAUGGCAUCAUCUCAACAGUUUUUUGGAAACACACAGCUCUUCUGAUGUUACUAUUGGUCCUCGCCUCUUCCUUCCUUGCCCUAUGGAUGUGGAAGGCUCUCGCGUGUGGUUCAUGGACCUCUGGAACUACUCUUUGGUACCUUAUAUUUUGGAAGCAGUAAGAGAAGGUCUUCAGAUGUACGGAAAACGUGCACCAUGGGAAGAUCCUUCAAAGUGGGUGCUGGACACAUACCCAUGGAACUCAGCAUCCCUCCCUCAGGAGAGCCCAGCAUUACUUCAGUUGCGCCCUGAAGAUGUCGGGUAUGAGGGCUGCACGUCCACUAAAGAAGCCACAACCUCAAAGCACAUUCCACACACUGACACAGAAGGAGAUCCCCUGAUGAAUAUGCUAAUGAAGCUCCAAGAAGCAGCCAAUUCCCCGGGCACACAAAGCUGCGACAGCGAUACCACCAGCCACCAUGAAGACAUUUUGGAUUCAUCUGUUGAAUCUACCCUCUAGAGGGUGAAAAAAAGUCAGGGGAAGAGACUCUGUUUAAAAAAAAAAAAAAAAAGGAAAAGAAAAGAAAAAUGUUUAAAAGAUAGGUAUUUUCACUAAACCACUGCCAGUAUGAAAGCACCCCGUCAAGGGCUCUGACUCAGAGGCCUGGCGGUCCCCAAGGAGGCAGCAAGAACUAAGUCUGACAUGCCAAGUUGCUAAAUUUCAACAGAAGUUUAACUUGAUUUUAUUUCUAGGCAUUUUUGUAUCCAUGGAGUUACCAAAGGCUCCAUUACUCAACUGGAAAGGACCCUCGCAACAGGGCAACUGAAUAGAUGGCACAUGAGAUAGCCAAACUGGAGUUUAUUUUCCUCCUCUGUAGAAGUUUACAAUGCAGACUUUUUUUUUGUUUUGUUAUUUCCUUUUGUUUCUUCUGAGGAGUUGUUCUCCCCAGGCAGGGUCCGUUCUUCUGAUCCCUCCAACCUCCUUUGUGCCACAUGGUGCUGGUCACAGGGCUCCAGUAGUGUUUGUGUUGUGUGCUCACCCCAUUCCAAAAUGAAUCCGAGAGGUCAGUCCUCCAAAAGCACAAAUGGAAUUGUGCCACCACCAGGAUAACACUACUGCAGCAAUCUGGAGAAGUGCCAAUUUAAUUCUAACUGCCAUGUUCUCAUGAUGCACUCCACCAACUUUUUAGUGUGUAAGUCACAGGUUUUAUAAGGUUAUUUUUACCACAGUGGUCUUUUUAAACCACCUGCCUGCUCCCUUAACAAGAGUUUUAUAACAAUUAUUAGUCAACAAUGACAGAAGGCUUUUUUAGGGCUUUAUUUUGUUUGAGCCUUUUCAGUGAAAGAAGGAACAUUUCCUAUGGUGCUGUCUCACUGCCUUAAAACAGAUUUCUACAACAGUUUAACAGUUGGUUUAAAUCCUAAACCAUUGGUAAUUUCCACCAUCUUUUCAUUUGCAAUCAAGCAACUUCAAUCCAACGCAGUAGCCUCAUCUCUCUCGUAUAUCUUUCUUUUAUUUUUUUUUUAUUUUUCGAAGAAAUGGAUAGGAGAAAGAGCAGUAUUUUUAUCUUGUGAAUAGAUUGCUUUGCCUAUCCUCCCAAUUAUUCAAGUAACCGAGCAACCCACUUUGACUGUCACUUAUGAGCUAAGAGACAUGUGGCUAAAUUCCACCCAGGUCUAAGUAUAAGAGUUUCAGAAGGCGGGAGAUGUUGAAUUCUUACCUAGCAGAGCUGGAAGCACUAGAUGCAGCAUGAGCACAACCAUUCGGCUUUCCUUCCCUAUUCUGGUUUUUUUUUUUUUAAUUGUUAUUGUUCAAUUAGUUUUGGCGCAUGUUGUUUUGAUUGCUAUUGUUGUACAUGAGAAAUUCAGCAUUAAAGAACACUGAAGCGGGAAAGUCACUGUGGAAGCGAAGCGUUUAUACUGUAAAGGAAGGUUAGAUUUGCACAGUCUACUGGGUAGGUAUUGUAAAUAAUAAUUUUUAAAACUUGCACAAAUCAACACAAACAAAAACAAAAUUGUAUUCUAUCCUGUUGGUGUUAAAAGGUGUUUCACUUGCUGAGAUUUCCCUGUACGUUGCAAACAAAUACAGAAUGCAAACUCUCAAAGCUGUUGUUAUCUGAUGUGUUUGUCCUGUAUUUACACUUGUUAUGACUAUGCAGGAGCUAUCAGUGCUAGAAUGAGCAUGCUUCAAAACUGCACAUGAAGCCAAUUCAUUUUUGGAAGAAGUAAAGCUGUCUGCAAGUACACCUGUCAUGGCAGCCUGUAAAGAAAGUGCAUGAAAACUGAUCAGUCAUUGGAGAAGUUACCACCACAUACAGAAGACAGGUUUUCAGUCUAAAAAACCCAAGGGCUAGGCCAUCGUGUAGACUUGUUCUACACAUGUGAAAAUGUGUUACUUUUAGGAUGUGUAAUUGGUGCUACUCUCUGUGACCACCAUGGGUCAGUUGCUAUUAAAAACAAUAAGAAUGACAACACCACAAGACAUUCGUGCAGUUUUCAGAGUGUCAUUAAAUGUGUAGGUCCUUACUUGGUGCUAUUGCCCUCAAGGAAAUCUGAACUGAAUUUAUGCACGUGGAAUUGUCACCCUGACUUUGAAGCCUCAAACAUGGAUCAAUCUGUGGUGAAACAUCAAUAUAUGUAGCGGGAUGAGUGACUAGUUGCCCUUGUAUAAUACAUGAUCUAAAGAAAUUGCUAAUCUUUCCCUGCCAUUUUGAGAACACAGUCCAAACAUGAACAUAAACGAUUUUUCUGCAAUACAUCCCAGUAGGUCCACCUAGUUUACAACUUAAACUAGUUUGUGAAACAUUUGUCUGUAUACAUUUUAUAUUUUGUACAUUUUUGAUGUAACAUAUCAUGUAAAUAGGCAGAAACAGUGAAAUAAAUCAUCUGAAAAGUUUUGUAGUCUUUGUAAAGCCCCAACAAUAAGUACUUGGUGUCAAUGGACUGAACUGGAUGAUGUAUUUUCUAUUGGUUUAUUGUUCCUCUAGCUUGUAAACCAGCUUGCAUAUAUUUUUUUGCAAAUGUGCACCCUCUGUAUCAGUCUAAAUUAUUACUUUGCCAUUAAAGUGGAAUUAU